AUGCUAAGUGGUUACCAAACAAUCAACUCCAAGUCACCAUAGCUUCACCAACUCAUGAUGCUAUUUGUGACAAUUAUGCGCCUACAGCAGUUGGCCAUCUCACUUUUAAUGACAAUAAUGGUCAUUCUUAUAGGUUUUCAAAGCAUGCAAUAUUUGUCAAUGGUUAUGAUUUUAGUAAUUUUGAUGUUAACGCAAAUUGCGCAACCUAUAAAGGGGAUAACCCAUACGAUUAUAUUGUUAGUUAUGAUCCUGCUAACGCACCUCCAUCAGGUGCAACUGUAGACAUUAGACUUUCAAUUUAUUGGCAAUGUUUUGGAGCAGGUAAUGUUGGAUCCAUUUGGUGCGUCAGUUGUGAUGUUGCGUUUACUUCAAAA